CUUAUGAUCAAUUUCGAGCAUUGAACUAUGUUAUCGCUGACCUUACCAUGUUUUUGGACACUGGAGGGAAAUGCACACAUGGGGAGAACAUGCAAACUCUAUUCAGGAAAAGAAGAGACCAAACUGUUAUCUUAUUGCCAUAAGGACACAAACCACUCUGCCAUAAUGUAAUUUAAAAUAUUAAUAUAAUAAAUCAUUUUGAUCCGGUUAUUCAGUGUGAACUGCUAUAAUAACAAAACAGGAAUGUAAUAAUAAUAAUUUUUAAAAAAAACAAUAAUGUCUUACCUCAACGCUGAAGAACUGACAAACAAACUCCUACACAUCCUGCGGCUUAAUCCUCUUAGAUGUGUGGAAAAAAAACGCGUGGAAAAAGUAUGGACUCUACUUAAAGCGAUAAUGGAAAGUCUCCAGAAAAUCACAUGCAGAGGUAAGAGGAUAGUCUUAAAGAUGGCCCGGUUCAGCCACCGAGCAGGUGAUGACUUUAAUAGGCGCUAAUAUAUAAAUAAAAUAAAACCGUCCAGAUAAACGUCACGUCACCUCAGAUCUCCUCUCUGUUACACAGAUAGGUCACAUCAUUGGACAUCAUGGGUUCAUUAAAGUAUACCAAGCCAUUGGUAUGUUGUUUAGGAGCCUCCACCACGUGAUCAGAAAAGAAAUCUAAAUCUGCUGCGGGCGUGAUGGUGGCAUGACGAGGAUAAUUCUCUACACACCGCUGUAUCCCCCCCUUGACGCCAACUACACAUGGGUAUUGUUGUUCAGCCUGCAUACGGCAAGUGGUCGUUUGGUGAUCUGUAACUCUCUGCAGGAUUAAAGCCACCAGCCCUGCCCACCGAGGGUAUAAACGCUGACCACACCGCGCCCGGGCGCCAGACUUCGCGAACUCACCUUUACGCACGUACCACGCUGCAAGAAAGGACAUUACUUUCUCAGAGGAAGGCACUGGUUGUACCUUUGAAAAAUACUCACCUUUAAAACAUUUAAAUUAAGAAAAGCAUGUCGGUGGUGAGUGCUGUGCCGUUCAUGAGGCCGCUCCACCUGCGCUCGCCGGUGCCACGGGGUCGCCGUCACACGCUGCCCGCCAGCGAGUUCCGUUCUCUCAGCCCAGAGGACGCCGUCAGCGUGUUUGAGAUUGAGAGAGAAGCCUUCAUCUCUGUGUCCGGCGAGUGUCCUCUCCACCUGGACGAGGUGCGUCACUUCCUCACCCUCUGUCCAGAGCUGUCUCUGGGCUGGUUUGAGGAGGGUCGUCUGGUGGCUUUCAUUAUCGGCUCUCUGUGGGACCAAGACAAGCUCACAACGGAGGCGCUGACUGUCCAUAAACCCCACGGGACAACUGUCCACAUCCACGUUCUUGCAGUCCACCGGACCUUCCGCCAGCAGGGAAAAGGCUCCAUCCUGAUGUGGCGGUACCUGCAGUAUCUCAGGUGUCUGCCCUUUGUCCGUCGUGCGGUGCUCAUGUGUGAGGACUUCCUGGUUCCCUUCUAUCAAAAGUCAGGUUUUAAAGGACAGGGCACCAGUGAGAUCACUGUGGGGCCCCUCACCUUCAUCGAGAUGUUCUACCCAGUCAGGGGACACGCCUACAUGCGUCGCAACAGUGGUUGUUGAGGAGCAGGUGGGCUUCAAGAGGGAGAAUCCCUGUGUAACUGUGUGGUGGCCACUGUGGCAGAGACUGUGGGAGGAUGUGGGCCACGGAAGGAAAUGUUUGUUUUUGUACAAAUUAUUGCAUUGUAUUACAGUAAAUGCUGGACAUUUAUUAUAUUCAUGUUACAGUUGCCUUAUCGUUCUUUAAUAAAAGUUAUUUAAUCUGUGACUUUAGUUUAAUACUUUAUAAAUUUUAAAUACGAGAUUAACUAGAAUGAGGCCUGACGUUAGCUUCUCAAAGGGAAAAUACUUUUCUUCCGCUCAUCUAUAUAUGAAACAUUAAAAUGAAUAUUUUUUGGUCAUUUAUGAAGGUUGUCAGUGAGUGAUUUGUUGAAAAUAUAUAUGUAUAUUAGCCAAUAUUCAGUGGAUAUAUGCCUCCACUUUGGCUGCGUGCUUGUAUAUGUAUAGUACUGUCAUAGCUCUCUGUAUGUUGAUCACAUUUGUGUAGUCUUUAAAAAAAGAACAUUUAAUUUGAUCUGCUCUCUGGUCUUUUCAUUACUGAACAUGUUACAUCUCCUUCAGGACUUUUUUAAA